ACGGCAGAGUUUCGAAAACGCAAGGGGGCGUGCCGUUUCCGGAGGCUUUCCCGGCAGCUCCCACGUAAAGGAGCGUGGGAAUCUAGCAGUGCCUCGGGCUCUAGGUCUGGAGAGUCAGUGGGGCGUCGGCCUCUGCUCCUUCUCUCCGGGUACGGGAGAUUGUCUAGGAUCGUUAGUCUCACAGCGGUAGGUGGCACCUGGCCGGCCCGGGAUCGGCCCCUCCGAGGCUGAGCCACGAAGAGCGGUCGGCUCAGGUUUUAAAGGGGUUGGAAAAGCGAGGGAGCCCUGGGAGUGCAGGCAAUUGGCCCCUCUGGGGGUUAUUCUCUCUCCUCCCGGAUCUGUCCCGAAGUCAGUGUGUCGACUUGAGGAAGGCAUUCCCCUCCCCCACCCCCACCCCGAGAUGGAGUCCACGCUCCCGACAACCGGGGCCCAGGGACCGAUGCUGUUUGAGGAUCUGGCUGUGUUUUUUUCUCAAGAGGAGUGUGUGUGUCUGCACUCUGUCCAGAGGUCCCUCAGCAGAGACACUACACAGGAGUGUUUCGAGGAGAUGGCCUUGAUGGGAGGGAAAGGCAAGACUGAGAUUACUCAGCAGUUAAAUCUAGACUCUAUGGGAGUUGAGGAACUGGCCCCAGAAAACUCCUCCAUUGCUGUGCCCCUUGUCUAUUACCCAGAAAAAUCUUCUGAGACUGGAGGUGGAGACCCUGAAAGGAAAGUAUCAGGUGGAACUCCUGCUUGCAAGAAAAGGUUCAUAAGCCUAUUAGUUACCAUCGAAAACCAUACCCCAUUAAUAGACCCACCUCAAUGUCUAGAAACUACAGCACUUUCUGAAAUUCUUGAAUUUUCUGGGGAAGAAGCCAAAAAUUUGUAUAAGUGUCCUGAAUGUGACCAAAGCUUCAGUGAUAAUUCAUACCUUGUCUUGCAUCAGAAAACUCAUUCAGGAGAGAAGAAGUAUAAACGUGGUGACUGUGGCAAGAUUUUCAAUCACAGAGCUAACCUGAAGACACACAGGAGAAGCCAUGCUGGUGAGAAGCCUUAUAAGUGUGCUGAGUGCGGCAGCAGCUUCCGCCAGCACUCACAUCUGUCUCGUCACAUGAAUAGCCACGUAAAGGAGACGCCCCACGCAUGUGGCAUCUGUGGGAGAGGUUCUUUGUGGCCCCCAGGGUUGGCACAGCAUCAGAAAACCCACGCUGCCAAAAAAGCCUAUGAAUGUACCGACUGUUGUAAAGGUUUCGGUCAGAAGACAAAUCUUGCUUUGCGUGAGGAAACGCACACAUCAGCCACCCAGUACCCGUGCACUCAGUGUGUGAAGUGCUUUGGACAGCCCUCACACUCUGUCCUCCCCGAGCAGGGCCAUGAGGAUGACUGUGAGGACGACGCCGAACACUGCGGUGACUGCAGAGAAAAUUUGCUUUUGUUCUCAAAAUUCAAACCCUUAAAAUGUCCUGAGUGCGCAGUGACCUUCCUCCGUGUCUCUGAGCUUAUUUCCCAUCAGAGCAUUCACAGAGGGGAAAAGCCCCAUAAAUGUAAAACAUGUACAAAGAGCUUUAUUUUGGACUCAGAGCUCGCAUGCCACCAGAAGAGCCACACAGGAGAGGAGCCUUUUAAACGUACCACGUGUGGGAAAAAGUUUCAGGUUGAAUAGACAUCUCGUUAUUCAUCAGCAAACCCAUAAGAAAACCACCAUGUAAAUAUAGCCAGUUUGCAUUCCUACUCUGCUUUUCCAUUAUCUGUACUGAAAACCAGGGAGGAGUUGUCCUUUAUAUGCCAGACACAUGACACACAUUCCGUGCCCUGCACCCCAACCUUGCUUUGGGCACUGUGAUUUCUACUUUAUAACCGAGGAAGCAUAAUCAUUGUCACAGCCAGUGAAUGAAGCCAGGAUUCAGUAACUCACUCACUGUUCAGAUACCAUUAGGAUGAGCCAGAUAAUGAUACAGAACUUUUUUUAAAUUCAGUUUUCAUUAAACUGAAAGUUUUGCUGGAGUUGUUUUAAUUUUGUUACAUGGUUUGUAAGUUAACUUCUGGAAGGAGAAGAAUUUUGUUUUAUUUUUUGCCAGUUCUGCAGAUCUCGUAUCUAGGAAAGUAAUGCAUCUCUGUGUUACGCUUUUUUUGACUAUAACUAUCUGAAUGUAACAUUUGUUCUGAGAGCCGAUAUUUCACUUGCUAGUUUCUGAAGUGGUUUGGAAGCUUGUAUUUCUGGUGUGGAAAGUUCCCAAAUAGGUGGACAGGUUGGUGUUAUGAUGCCGAUUAGUAUCUUUGGAGUUCCCAUUCUGAGAUCUGAUGCCACUGGCCUUUCUGACUCAUUUGCAAGGAAUUUUGACAGUCUGACUGUAGCCCUUUCUGGUGCCUGGACUUGAGUGAAAGUUACUUGCUUCCCUCUGAAAGGAUUUACCUCUAAGUCUCUACCAAAGCACAUUACCUGCCUUUCUAUGAGUAAUAGUAACUGGUGUUUAGUGAACCUGGUAUAUUAUCUAAUUUAAUCUGCAGGAUAAAUCUGACAGAGAAAGGGCUAUCCUUGUUUCAUAAAUGAGGUAACUGAAGCCCACAGAGGGUAAAGUCAAAGUCAGUAUGUUGCCCAAGACGAAAAUAGCAAUGUACUGAAGCCGGCAUUUAACCUUGGGUCCCUCUGACGGUAAAGGUUGUGCAUUCUUCAAUUUUGUUGUGUGUUGGCUUUGUGUUGGGGCCGCAAGCCACCAGGGAGGCCGAGCUGGGUGGAUGAGAGCGGUCAUCAUGGAGGCUACCCCGUGCACAUGCAUCCUAGAACCCCUCCACUGCCCUGUGCUUUAUCCCAAGCCUGACUUACAUGUAUGGUUAUAAAGCAAAAGAAAGAUUCCCCAAGACUUCCAGUUCAAAUUCCCAUCCCUGUGACCAGAUCAGAGACUGCAGACUCUACAGAGUACAGUCCUUAUGGUUUUAGUUGGGUUUUGGUUUAAAAAACAAAAUGCCCUCUUCAUCUCCAAAGAAAAAUACAUACAGAAAACGCUUAAGAGUUUCACCAAACUACCUGACACCAUGUAAGUCUUUAGAUACUGCCAUUACAUAUAAAUAUUGGAGCAAGAUACUCUUAAAUGGGUUGGUCAUUCAUGUUAAAGAAUCAGGGAAUCUUGUAAAGAUACAUUCAUACACGAUUUCUCUUUAAAGAAAAACUGUGUACCUAUCAGCAAAGCUGUUUUUAAAUGGACUUUCGAUCAGGAUGUGAGAAUGGUCUUACUCUACUUAAACAGUAUAGAAGUAUGGCAUUGACUAAAAUGGGGUUGUCACUGGGAAACUGCAUGAGCAAUAGUACGCCUCUUUAGGCAAGUAGUACUUGGAAGAUGUGGUUUUUCUACAGGACAGCAGGUUGAGAACUGAAUAUACAAAAUGAUGGAGGCUGCUGCUCUAAGCCCUUAACACUGUGCAGAGGCAAGAAACUAUUCCUGGGGAGUAAGGGAAAUGGAGACCCCAACCCAGCUCACUCCUAACUCCCUUUUUGUUGGUCUUGUUUCUUGUUGGCAGCUCCACAGUUGAGACCCUGUGAUCUGAAUGUCAGGGUCACGUUUGACUCUCUGUUUUGGAUGUCUCCACUCAAUACGAGACACCAGUCUGCUGCGGCUUUCGGAUCUUAAAUUAAAAAGUGAAGUUAUCUGCAGGGUUUUCUUCAGCAAGUCUCUGGGGAGCUUAGAAUUGUGUAGAAAGAUGGUCUCUAGUUGGAUUUCUUAUCAGCCAACUUUGGGAUGUACUUUGCUAAACACCAGAAAGUAAUAUCUGCCAGCUCCCCUGCUUCCGCCUUUGGUGGGAGCAUUAUCACGUAUUAGGGGCUCUCCUGUUUCAGCCGAAUGAACAGGGUUGCAGGGUGGGGAAUGAAACUGGGAAAGAAGCCCCUGCUUGCAGAGUUGCUGCAGAAAGAAGUAGGGAAUGCUAUCUUAGAAGGCACUUGUGCAGAAUGGGGCUGACAUAGGACAUGGAAGCUGUCAUCCUUUCCUUUGCUCCUAAGACAGUAUGGGGGAGGGUAAGCCUUUAUGCUGUAAGUGCUGUUCUGCACCUCACUGUGGGAAGUCACCUUUCCAGAUGAGGCUUCCUUCACAAUUAAAUUCAGGUUUUACAUUUUUCUUUAUUCUCUAGAUUUUGUAAGAUUAUGUCAAGCCUCCAUAAUUGAUAAGAAAAAUAGCAUUUUUAUAAAGACAUUAACAUACACAGAAGUGUAAUUAAAAUGCCUUUGUGGUGUAGUAACCAUUGCUAACGACCAGUAUGUAGAAAAAAAAAAAAGAAAAA